CACUCCUCAUCAGUACCACCGGAGCCCCGGACAUUCCAACAAACCGGCCCUUCAUUCCCCCACAAAGCCAGCAGCACCCUCCAGCUUCUCCGCCCCGUCAUGAAACAGACUCUUAGCGAACUGAUGAGGAUGAGCAGGAUAUGCCGGAUGGUAUUUGCCACCUGUUUGGGAUCCUUUAUUCUGGUCAUCUUUUAUUUCCAAAGUAUGUUCCAACCAGUCAUGAGGAGGAACCCCUUCGUGGUGGACGGCUGCUGUAGGAAGGGGUCACGCAACGCCCUGCAGGAGCUCUACAACCCCACACAGUCGGAGCUGUCCGGAGCAGCCGUCCUCCACCAAGCCAGGAGGGAUCAGGUUGUGGAUGCCUGUCGAGUCUACAGUGCGUCCAGCCGUAAGCGCAGAGUCCUGACACCCGGAGACCUCAAACACCUUGUGGUGGACGAGGACCACGAGCUCAUCUACUGCUAUGUCCCCAAGGUGGCCUGUACCAACUGGAAACGCGUCAUGAUGGUGCUCACAGGCCGGGGCAAAUACAGUGAUCCAAUGGAAAUCCCAUCCAGUGAAGCCCACGUUCCCUCCAACCUGAAGACUCUGAACCAGUACAGUAUUGCUGAGAUCAACCACCGCCUCAAGAACUACCUCAAGUUCCUCUUUGUUCGCGAGCCCUUCGAGAGGCUGGUCUCCGCAUACCGCAACAAGUUCACCCUCAAGUACAACUCGUCCUUCCACAAGCGCUUCGGCACCCGCAUCAUCCGGCGCUACCGCAAGAACGCCACACAUGAAGCCCUGCUCAACGGUGCUGAUGUUAAAUUCAAAGAAUUCACUGAGUACCUGGUGGACCCGGCCACGCAGCGCGAUGGCCCACUCAACGAGCACUGGCAGACCGUGUACCAGCUUUGUCACCCAUGUCACAUCCAUUACGACCUGGUGGGCAAGUAUGAGUCACUGGAAGAAGACGCAAACUACUUAUUGCGGCUGGUGGGUGUUGGAGACUCCCUGCGCUUCCCGAGCUACGCCAAGUCCACUCGUACUACCGAUGCCAUGACGGCCCAGUUCUUCAGCAAUAUCAGCACUCAGCAGCAGAUCCAACUCUCCCAGCUUUACAAGUUGGACUUCCUCAUGUUUAAUUACUCCACACCCAGCUACCUCCGGCUGGACUAAUGGAGGACAGGGCUGGGACUCUGAGAAUGUCUGCCUUGUUUAAGGAGUGGCAACAAAAUGAGUGAUGGGCAGAAUUUUUUGGAAGCAAACUUGAUUUUAAAAAACUGUUGUCCUACCUUGCAGGCGUGGGGUCUGAAUUAGACGUAUAAACAGGUGCUGAAAGAAAGAAAGGUAUUGUGUGCUCGUGGGCUCAGUGAACCAAACGCAUGCAAAGACUAAAUUGUGCGGGUGAAGCAGGUCUUCAAGGUGUUUUAAAAGGGGAACAUAUCCUCAGAGGACGGACUUGAAGAGGGAUUCUCCUGAUAAUGUUCCCUACAUGUUUAAACUAACUGCUGACAAAUUAGGCUGCUUCAGAUUCUACAAAGCAAACAGCGGCCUCGCACGCGCCCUGACCCCAAUGCAUCGUGGGAGCUAAGCUUAUCUCCCCAACACCCCUGGAUCAAUAGAGAAACUCCGUCAAAUUGUAAAACACAGUCCAUGUCCUCUGCGCUGUCAGCGCGGUGUCUUAGCGUCCAUCUCCCUUGCCCUCAUUCGACUCAUACAUUUUAGAGGGAAACUGGCUCGUCACCGCCUCAAGGACGCCCUGUAACAGAUUGGUACUGACUUCACUCUCAAGACCUCUACAGCUGUAACUGUGGAGACAUGGCCUUCAGCCAACAGUUUUAACGAAACGAGUUGUCACUGGUCUGUCAUUAUGAUGUUGGCAGAAGGGACCUCCCGUGUUACAUCCUGUGAAAACAGAGACUUCUGCUGCAGCAGUGAAGCGUGGAAACGCUUAAUAAACCAUUGCCUGUAACACCAAGCAUCCUUAACACCUUUGAGCUACAGGACGGACUUACGUGUGUGGGUGCAGCAGCUGUGAGUGAAAAGUCUGCGCUGAAAGUUUGAGCUGAAAUAAAAGAGAGCCUGUGAAACAUAGCCCCGCCCUGCCCCGCCCCACAGUGCCCUGCCCAGGGCUUCGGUGGACACAACCAAGGCCACACCCACACAGCCCCUACUCCGACAAACAAACACAUCUUUCAGUAAAUUCAGACUAACUUUUUGUCUUUAUGAAUAUUUUUGUUUAUAUUGUCGUAUGAAACAUUGCUGCGAGCAGCAAUAACAAAAUAUUAUUUAAUUUGCUUUGUUGAUUAAAGAGAGAAAGACUUCAACUUCCCCUGGGCUGAUGAACAUUUUAAGACAUUUUUAAAGUUGAACUGUUGUUAAGUGUUUUGCUUUGUCAUUUUUCUUUACAACUUGCCUCUGAUACAUUAUUAGUGCAUCACAGCAUUUUCAUUUCUGCAGAGUAUACAGUCCAUUUCAGCCCAUGGCUUUGUCCUUCUGUCUCUGAGAUCAUCAGAGAUUUAUGUGUUAUUUUCAAUUUCCCGUUGUUUGGUGCCAAGAAGAGAUCCACACUCAGUGUUCGGUGCACAUCAUUACUGUUAAGCAAAUAAGAAUCCUCCACUCCUCAACCACAACAUGAGAACUAGCUGCUGCUCUCAGUCUACACAUCCACAAGCUACUGCUCACAAACUGUAAUGUGAUUCAUGUUAGCAAUGCAAAGCAAUAUCAAGGUUAAUAAGUGCACUCAUCAUGCUGUGAUUGGAUUGAAGGUUGUUGUGUAAGCAUUACACAGAGAGAGAGGACUUUUUUGACACCUCUGUAAAUUUGAAACGACUCCAGACAGAGAUUUUUUGGAACAGCUGCAUGCUCUUUGUAGCAAUUAACUGAACCAGAAAUCACAAUUUUCCCAUGCAUUUGUGCAUACUGUACUGCUCUCAGCUAGCAGCUACAGCUAAUGCAUGGAUGGAUGGAUGAUUAGGGCCUUAGGUAGGUCUUGGUUUAUUACCUGAUCUUGAAGCCCUGUCGAGUCACGUCCUGUUUAUUUAUACAGCCCGAUAUCACAAAUUUGUCUCCGAGGGCUUUACAUACAGACAUGAGGAAAAACUCCACAAAAAAGCAACCAAACCUUUACUGUGAAAAAAGGGAAAAUCCUUUUCAUCUCCCAGAAUGGCCAGAAUUACAACAUGAAGAACUAGAAAUACAAUAUUAAAUUCACUGAAUAAAUACAUGUUUGGUGUAAUACAUUUACAAGUCUUGAAGAGGGACCCAGUAUCAAAAUCUUCUUAUUAAGACUUUCUUAUUUUCAGCUGAUGCUAUGCUUACAUAGUGCAUCUUCUUUAAUCAAUUUGUGUUUAAUCAAAUUACCGCAUGGCAAACCUGGGGCCAUGUAAUAUUGCAGCAUCGGAAUACUGUACACAAUGCGCAUACAACACUGCACCCAGUAAUGUAAUAAUUUCCUGAAAAUGUAAUAAAAUGUGCAUCUAACUUGAAAAUUACCUCGUACAUCUAUAACGUGAGACAGGUGGGACGCUUAGGUCAAAAGUUGCAAAGAAACUCCAGCACACAACAUUUCAUGGGAAUUUAAUCAACUGUUUUGCUUGUGUAACGUUUACCUGCGGCUUUUGUCAUCUUCUGAUAGUGUCUAAUUUAACUCUGGUAUAAUGGAUGACGACCAAUCAGCAUAUGUAUAAAUGUUAUUACAACAUUAGUCAUCACAUUAUUUGUCAAGUCAUUACAUUAUUGGAUUUUAUUACAUUAUUGAUCAAGUUAAUUGCCAAUUUUAUAACAUUUUCAGUAAAUUAUUACAUUAUUGGGUCAGCCUGGUUACAACAAACUGGGUGUUUACCAGGCAGGGACGGUCUAACUAAAGAUAGUAUUGGGUCUCAUGGGAAAUGUAGGCUUGACCAGAGACCAAAUGUCAGGAUAUCAGGAUAUAUAUUUUAAAAUCUGUCUGUUGUAAGUCCCCCGACCUUUUGGAAGUGUAAUUGGAGUAUCACCUUUAAAGUAAUUUUGCAAAUAUACAGCUUUGGAAUGCAGGAGAUGGACAGUUUUCCAUAAUUUUUUACUUCCAAUCUGAUAGUUAGGUAAACUGUAUCUAUUUACUUGAUAGCUCAUACUGCAAUGUUAGGUCCACUUCAGUAGAAAGUUGUGUCUAGUGGUGACCCCCAUGUCUUUAAAAUGAAGCUGGUGGGUGAACUGAAAUCUUAGAUUAUAAAUAGAGCGAUAUUUUCUUCAGUAUACAUUGUGGUGGAUAUUUUACAAACCUCCUCUUACAGCCGUUGAAGUAUUAUUACUGUACAUGUGUGCACAUGCCUAUGUGGGUUAUAAUGCGAGAACAGCAUUAUUUUUCUGUUUUUUUUUUACCCCCCACCCCACACACACAUGUGGCUCUAAUAAAGCUACCGGCCUGGCCUGUAGACCCGGCUGUCGUCCUCCUGCAGAAACAAUGGCUGUAUUCUCAUCCCAGCCUCCUUCUGUGUCAGGCACACAAAAUACACAUAAACUCAGAUUGCACAUUAGCACUCCUGCUGAUCUUGAUGCCACGCAGCAUCUUGCUCAGCAGUUGUAAGCAGAGGCACGGGCGGGCAACACCGGGCGGGCAGCACCUCUCCACUUUAACACACUGUCUGAGCCUCAGCUUAAACUGCUCAUUUAACCUCCAAAAUGGAAGACGAACAAUACACAAAGGACCUCUUAGUUGCAAACAAGCCAUUACAGAGGCCUCUUUUCUCCUCGCUCUAUUUUUUCCUCUCCCACACCACUCCAAAAGUGGCCUCCUGUAUAAAAAAAUAGAAGCAUGUCAGUGUUGAUGAUCCCUACCGUCCCUGCAGGAAAAGGGCAGCUGACUUAAGAAAACAGAGCUGGUAAAAUAUCCCCACAGGGAACCAAGCGAGCACAGAGAGGUCCCAGCUUACAUUCUGCCUCAGAUAAAAACAAACAACUACAUUUCGUGUACCUCUGUCUCUAUUAUUAGCUCCUCAGUCUGCAUAAAUAGAGGCCUGUUCACUGCCCAGUUGUCUCAUACUGUAGGACUGUUUAUAUUCAAGUCAAACCAAACAGGUAUAUUUAUGAUGUUUUUGAACGAUGUCUGUUAUUAGACUGAAUUACAUGUUUGUUUUUUUGCAGGAUGGAACACAGGAAGGUGUCUAAACAUAUCUGGGAGUUUUUCUCUCAACGAGAAGUGGAUGUUGGGAUUUGUGCUUAUAUCUUUAUUUUGUUAUUUUUGCACAGAUUAACACAUUUUAUAUACAGUAAAGCGUAAUGUCAGAGCAGGUAAAUAUUACGAAUUAGGUCAGUUGGGAGAUUUGAUGAGAAGAUCAAUACCACUCUCAUAUCUGUUGAAGAUGGAGCUACAGCCAGUAGUCGGUUACAUUUGCUUAGCACAGAAGACUGGAAAUUGGAGGAAACAGCUUGCUUGGCUAGACUGCAAGUCUACAGCUAUGCUAGCAGCUCUGUAAGGUUGUACUUAUGCACAGCAGAGCUUUAAAUUAAAUGCUAAUGCCAGCAUGCUAACAUGAUCACAAUGACAAUGCUAAAAUGCUGAUGUGCAGCAGGUAAAGUCUUAGCGUAUUAUUAGCACUAAACAUUAAGUACAAAUGAGACUGAUGGGAAUAUCAAACCAAAAUAUGCACAAAUGUAGAUGUUGAUCUGAUGAUGGUGUUAAAAGUUAAGGGAUCGCCAACAUUUUAAAAGUUCACCCUGCAUGUCAUCCAAAAGAGCCACACUGCUUAUGUAGCUAAAAAAAUAUGUCUACUGCCUGCACAGCAAUGGAAAGUUCACUAAUAAACAUUUACUUAAAAUUACAUACAUUUUUGUCAGCUGUUUUCCGUGUUCCCAUCUUAGCUUAGCUUAGCAUAGGCUGCUAGCUGUAGCUUCAUAUUUAACAGAAAGACAUGAGUGAGUCUUCUCAUUUGACUCUCAGCAAGAAAGCAAAUAAGUUUAUUUCCCAAAAUGUCAAAUUACUCCUUCAAAGGGCAGAAGUUAUCUUGAAGAAUAAAUGAAAACAGAUUUCUAUUGUUUGUUUUUUUAUUUUUGUUCUUUUUUGGCACCAAAAAAAAAGUACUGAAAAGAUAUUCCAACAAAAAAUAUGAUCAUAUCUCAUAUCAUCAGCCCAGAGGAACAAAGCCAGGAACUUUUUUACCCCGCUUCUUCUCUGCCUGUUGCAUUUCGGACAUAUCUACAGUCCCAGUGCAGGAUAUUUUUGUACAGUUUAGACACGAUGUCAUUCAUUCUGCUGACGUUUUUGAGCUGUCUUGAUGUCCAAUCGAUUUAUUACUCUGGUUGUCUCACACACUGAGAGACACUACAUUUGUGUUGCGCUCCUGUUUCUCUGUGCCUUUCAUUCACAGCGACACAGAGCUGCUGAAAGAAGAUGCAGAGCGCCUUCUCUCUCUGUUCCCUGGGCCUUCCUUCAUACUGACACACAAAUACAGCGACCGUGUCUGCCACAUGGUUCUCACUACGCUAUUUCACACACUCUGCUGUUGUAAGUUAUCAAUAUAAUUAUAAAACGAUUGGGAAAAGGGUGAAAAGAUUGUCUGCCUAUAUGGGUUCAGAUUAUGAAUUUGCUCGAUUACUUUGUGGCACAAAAAAGGAACAUUUCUGAUAUCAGAAGAUGUUUUUGGCUAUUAACCUUCCUCUUGGUCUUCUAAACAGAUAUUCCACAACAAACAGGAGAGGACAAGACAAGUAUCAACACUGGCUUUGCCACCGCAACCAAAUUCAGUUUUAAUUUGAGGAACACAAAAUGCAACACAUAGAUUUUUUGUUUACUUCUUUUUACUCCAUUCUCACUCCUAAAAUUCACUUCUCACGUGACAAACCCCUCACUACAGUAGUGACACUUAAACACAAACACUGUCACAUGCACUCACUGCGAUAUCAUACAGUUAAGCACCUGCAGAAGCCCAAAUGUGACUGCACCAAGACAAUUAGAGACCAGAGAAAAGCUCCUGAGGCUCUCAGGUCAUCUUCACGCCAAUAUGGAUGCAUUGGAACCUUUUUUUUCUUAAUGAAAAGGAUCUCAAAAACAUCGAUAAAAACAGACUCAGUUUUAAUAAUUGUCAUUCACUGUUGAGAAUUUUGACUUGUUGGCGCUGACACACUUUCUUUCCACUUGCUCUGUUCAAGAUACAGUUUCCCAAAUUUGGCCAUCUUUCCUAUCAGUUAUGAUAACUCUGUGCCCACCAAAACAACCGCUGAGAUCUGACAUGGUGACAUUGCUGCAGUGUUACUAAUAAGCUCUCUUUUUACAGAAAAGCUGUGUGUGCACAAAUAUGGCAAUCACUUUAGGUCUAGGCCAAUAGUCAAAGUUGAAUGUCAAAGAUGAUCUGUAAUAGUUUGGUUCCAAAACUCUGAAAUGGCCACAUCUCUGACACAUUCAGCAAUUCCAGUAGAUCUUGUCAUAUGCCCACUGAUGGCUUUUUCAGCCAGUUGGAGAAACCAAUAAAAGCUUUGUAGACGGGAUCAUCUUUCUACAAAGCUAUAGCUAGCUACUGUCAUGGAAGGUAACGACAGGAAAAAUGAUGACAUGCGUACAUGACUGUGUUGUAAAUUGACUGACAGGAUUAACAGCUAUUAAAUCUACACAUUUGUUCAAUCAUUAUAUAAAAUCUUAACUGUUCCUAGCAGCUACCACAGCUUACCAAGAGCUCUUCUAACAAGAACACAAUGUAAGGCUUACUGAAUUAAUAAUCAAAGAUUUUCAAGCUAGGUCUAAAAGUUUGACCUAUGCAUACUUUUUCCCUGUGAAUUGAGGUUUUAGAUGAUCUUGAUAAUCGGUUGGCUUGUUUGUUGCCUGUGUGAUCAUAUGGCUGCUCGUGUUUGUCACCCCAUCCGAUUUUGUUGUAGACAUGUCAUCGGGUUCUCAGAUCUCAGCGAUUACUUUGGUGAGCACACUGUUAUCAAAACCAAUAAAAAUGAUGGAUUGUAUUUUAUCCAUGCCGCAAUAAAGUGAAAUGAUCCAGUUGCAUGAUGUGAUUUUUAAUAAGAGGCUGUUUUUUGAAUAGAAUCUUGCUUUUAACAGAGCAAGUGAGAGGAAUAUGCCCAGAGGAAUGCCUUCCAUUAAUCUUCUUUGAUAAAUUAGUGGGGGUGGAAGGCUUACCACAUUCUAACACAAUAGUGACAUUUGUCCACACAAGCGUGGCCAUGGCCCCAGUGUGCCAGCUUUCACGUGUCUCUGUAUUGCUCUGACAUCUUGUACAUCCUCCUUCAGUGAGCAGAGAUCCAGCAGUGUUUCCAGCAGCUUCCUGUUCUGCCAAAUAGCGUGGAUGUUGCGUGUGUGAGUCCUAAUCAGCGGUGCCUGUUACUGAAUUUAUAUCAUAAGCAUUUUUCACCAUACCAUGCGUAUCAUGAGUGCCUCAUGUGCUGUAUCUACACGUGGAGCAGCUAGAUAAUGGCUGCAGUGUUUGUGCGUGGGUGUGUGUGCGUGUGUGUGUGUGUGUGUGCGUGUGUCACUCUGUGUUGUCCACACAUUCCCCCAGGUGGGAAUGACUCAGAGGAAGGCUCUCAUUCAAACCAUAGACUGUAGAUUCAAACAGGCACCACUUAUUUAUUUAUUUAUUCUCAGACAACUUCCCAAACUUCCAUGCUAUCACCGUGGUAACACACCUAAACUGUCUGUAUUUCUCGUUUACAGCCUCUCACUGUUCUGUUGUACUCGUUUUCAUGCACACUCACCAAAAUCAUGAAUAAUUAACUGUGUACUGAACACUGAGUAUGGAAGAGUGGUGUCGAUCCUACAGCAGCAUGACCUGCGGUUCAUCCUGUCUGAUGUUUUCACAAUAAAAUAACACUGAAACGUA